AAAUAAUCAUUUUUAUACACAUAUAUCUCAGCUUUUUGGCGAUUUUCAUAUCUAUAUGAGUUUUUGCCCAUUCAUGGGAACAUAUUGCAAUAAUAGCCUACAUUACAAAGGUAGAUCGAACCAGGGAAGAGAAAUCUCGAUUGAUGCGGAAGUUUUAGGUGGUUUUUCUUCUAGGCAAUGGGGCGGAGUCGAGACACUUAGCCAUGAAAGGAAAAUGGCGACGCUCGUGUUGGAUAACGGCGCUUAUAAUGCCAAGAUUGGAUACAGUCAUGCUCAUGUCAGUGUCAUUCCCAAUUGUCAGUUCAGAUCAAAGACUGCUCGUUUGAAAACAUUUACAGCUAACCAACUGGAUGAAAUUAAAGAUCCCUCUGGACUUUUUUAUAUUCUCCCUUUUCAGAAGGGAUACUUGGUUAAUUGGGAUGUUCAGAGACAAGUAUGGGAUUAUCUUUUUGGAAAAGAAAUGUAUCAGGUAGAUUUUGUUGAUACUAAUAUAAUCAUCACAGAACCUUAUUUCAACUUUAGCUCAAUUCAAGAGUCUAUGAAUGAAAUAUUAUUUGAAGAAUACCAAUUCCAAGCAGUUCUCAGAGUAAAUGCUGGAGCUCUUAGUGCCCAUAGAUACUUCCGAGAUAACCCAUCAGAAUUGUGUUGUAUUAUUGUGGACAGUGGAUAUUCUUUUACACACAUUGUGCCUUACUGCAGAAGUAAAAAGAAGAAAGAAGCAAUAAUAAGGAUUAAUGUUGGAGGAAAACUCUUAACCAAUCAUUUAAAGGAAAUAAUCUCUUACAGGCAGCUCCAUGUUAUGGAUGAAACUCAUGUGAUUAAUCAAGUGAAAGAAGAUGUAUGUUAUGUUUCACAAGACUUUUUCAAGGAUAUGGAGAUUGCCAAAUUGAAAGAAGAAAAUACAGUGAUGUUGGACUAUGUUUUACCAGACUUCAGCACAAUAAAAAAAGGAUUUUGUAAGCCAAGAGAAGAAAUGGUGUUAAGUGGAAAGUACAAAACUGGUGAACAAAUACUUCGUCUUACAAAUGAACGAUUUGCAGUUCCAGAAAUACUCUUCCAUCCUUCAGAUAUUGGCAUUCAAGAAAUGGGAAUUCCUGAAGCUAUUGUUUAUUCAAUUCAGAAUUUGCCAGAAGAAAUGCAGCCUCAUUUCUUUAAGAAUAUUGUUUUAACUGGUGGGAAUUCUCUGUUCCCCGGUUUCAGAGAUCGUGUUUAUUCUGAGGUUCGAUGCCUCACUCCAACAGAUUAUGAUGUUUCAGUUGUUCUACCAGAGAAUCCUAUUACUUAUUCCUGGGAAGGUGGAAAGUUGAUUUCUGAAAAUGAUGAUUUCGAAGAUAUGGUAGUAACAAGAGAAGACUAUGAAGAAAAUGGGCAUAGCAUAUGUGAAGAAAAAUUUGAUAUUUAAAUAGAUUACUUCCAUAUAGGUGUUAUAUUGUAUAGAUUGGCAAGAUGUCUUCAUUUGGUGUUGUGUUGUAGAAUAACUAAUAUUGAUGAACUGUCUAUAUUUAACUGUAUUUACUUGUGUACAUGAGUAUUCAAACAUAUAAGUGUAUAUAUUGGUUAUUACUGAUCACUGAAUUCAUGGCAAAUAUAUGAAUUCUAAAGAAAAUAACUAGAAUAGCUCCUUAAAGGAAGUCAGUUAAUAUAUCAGAAUAUUUUGUGGCCGAGAUGACUUACAAAUUUUUAAAUGUAUAGUAUAUAUGAAACUUUAAUGUAUAUAGGAAACCUUAAUUUUGGAUUCUAGAAAGAUAAUUAUGUAUAACUCAAAAGCUAGUUCAUUUUUAAAAAUAUCUAAUCUUGAUCAAUUUAAUAAAUGGGUAAUUUUAUCUACAGGUCCUCUUUAUUAGUGGAAAGGCAGCCACUACUAAACUGAAGACAAAGGUAACAUACUGCAGUAUCAAAUCUCUUAAUAGAGAAAUAUUCCAAGGAAUUAAAAUUGGAAGGGGCCAUUCAAGUUAUUGAGUUUAGACUCAUUCUUAAUGUAGGGAUUUACAUUCAAUUCUCUUAGACUAUCUAGCCUUCAUGUUAACAAAGGCAAAGGUUGGACAGCCAUUUAGGUGAGAAGAUAAGAGAACUCCUCGCUUGAGUACAAGUUAGAUUAGAAAACAUCCAAGGUGUAACUCUCAACUUUCCAAAAAAGGGGAGCCCACCAUGAUUUUACUUGUGGGAAGGUUUUCCUAACAUUCAGUUGAAAUCUGUAAUUUAAAUUUAAAUUUAAAUCCAUAUCCUCUACUAUGGAGUUAAAUAGAAAAGUGCUAACAUACAGUAGUGCUUCAGCUUUCUCAAGGUUAUAAAAACCUAGCUCCAUUAAUGUGUUCGUAGAAUUUAAUUUGUAGUCUUCAUUAUAGUCCUAACCCUCCUUGCUGUUCUAUGAACUUGUGAUAAUUUCUCCAAAUCCCUUACAAAGUGAGUUCAAAUCUGAAUACAGAAAAGUAGUUGUAAUGGGGACUGACAAAAUUCUCAGUGCCAGAUGUUCCAACAAUAUUUUAUUAUCAAUUUCAUUCUAUGAUGAAUUUUAACUUAUAAUAGGAAUGAAUACACCUAUAUACAACCUGGCUCCUUUGGGUGGUUGUGGAUGCAUGUAGCUGGAGUCAGGAGAUAAAUGUUUUUCCUAGGGAGGGUGAAAUCCCACUAGCCUCAAAAAAAUGGUAACAUGCUGUCUUUUGAAGAGGCUGUUUCUAUCCAGCUGUAUUGGAUGACUUCUUAUCUUCAAAUUUGUCUUUUGGAGCAAAUUCUACAGAUGGUAUGGAAUUAAUUAGAUCUAAAAUGAAAUGGCUCAUCUGAUCCCUUCCAGUCUGGAUUCAGGCAGGCAUAUGAGAAACAGGAAUAAUUUCUCUGGAGCAUUACCUUCGGUAGAAUCUGAUUACAGAUUUGCCACUCCUUUUUAGAGCCCUUAACAGCAUUCAGUAAUUCAACUUUGGUAUCCUUGUCACCACUAGGAAGGAGAGUUAUAUGGGAAUCUUUGUUAACAUUCUUUGUACAUGUAAAAUAAAGACUCCUCAGAAAUA